AUGACCGUCACAGACUCUACCCCCGCUGGCCGGCAAGUCAAUGUCCUCUUCGUUUGUCUCGGCAACAUCUGUCGUUCUCCCAUGGCAGAAGGGGUUUUCCGCAACGUCGCAGCCUCCCAUCCUCUAAUCAAUGAAAUCGAUUCCGCCGGCACAGGUGCCUACCACGCCGGCGAAGAUCCCGAUUCUCGCACCAUGUCCACGCUCCGUCGCCACAACAUCCGUAAUUACAACCAUGCCGCCCGCAAAGUCACCAAGCAGGACUUCCUCGACUUUGACUACCUCCUCGCGAUGGAUAAAUAUAACUUGCGCGAUCUGUUGGAUGUUCGCGAGUCGGUUCUGGCAUCUAUGAACAAGUCUGGCCCCGCAUCGCGUGGCACCAAGGGUACCCGGGCAGCGACUGCGGCAUCCCUUGCCGCGAGCGGGGAAGCAGGCGCCAAGGUUGCGGAGGUCCGUCUGUUCGGUGACUUUGGUACUGGUGGUGUCUUGCACGAGCGCGUCGGCGGAGGUGAGGUUGUUCAGGAUCCCUACUAUGGUGGGGUUAACGGCUUCGAGGAGGUCUACCAGCAGGUGACGCGGUUCUCGAAGAGCUUUUUGGAGUACUUGGAAAAGAACCAGGGCACGGAGUCGGAGAAUUAA